AUGGGUGCUUUAUACUCAAUAUUUCGAGAUACUCUCCCAGGCUCCACUGCCCAUUAUCUUAACCUUAAACUUGCAGACUGAAGCACCCCUUUCACCCCAAGCAAAGACUUAGAAACUGAAGUUUGCGGAAUUAAUUUCCCAUCUCCUAUAGGAGCAGCUGCAGGACUUGACAGAAAUGGAGACUUCCUCGACCCUCUAUUUCGCUGUGGUUUUGGCUUUGUCGAAGUUGGCUCUGUUACAGCCUCAACUGAACGAAAACAAGGCCAAAAAACAGAAAAAAUUGACUAUCAAAACAAAAAAUGCAUACAGGAAAAUGUUGAUGAAAAACGAGGAAUCCUAUGGAUUGUCCAAAAACUGAGGCAAAAUGCAAAAGGACCAAGAGGAGCUAAUAUUAUGCCGUCAAACGAAACAAUUACAGCGCUUCCUUCUAUAUGUGACGAUGAAUUUAUAUAUUGCAUUGACGAAAUUUAUCCAUUUGUGGACUAUUUUACGCUGAAUUUAGCAGCAAAUAGAGUAAACAAGUUACAGUUAUAUAGGAAAGAAUCUAAGUAUAGGGAUUUAUUUAGAAGAGCGGUUAGGGAGAGGGAUAUGCUGAUUGGGCUGCAAGUGGCUGCAAAGACUGGGCUAGAUGUAGAAAUCCCUUAUAGAUCAAGAAGUUUGAUUCCUCCGAUUUUUGUGAAAAUUGAUAAUGAAGGUUUUGAAGCGAAAAAUUUUGUGAAUGUUUGCAAAGAAGAAGGGAUUGAUGGAAUUAUUUUGUCAGGGACUAAUGAAAAAGGGGAAGGAGGAGAAAUCUUACUCUUUUGUAAUAAAAAUAAUUUUUUUUUAAUAGUUUUAUAUGAAAUAUAUUUAAAAUUAAUUAGAAGAUUUAGCAGAACAAGCUAUAAAUAAAUUGAAAGAAUUUUAUCAAUACACAAAAGGAGACAUUGCAUUGAUAAGCAGCGGUGGGAUUAUGAAUGGCCAAGAAGCUUUAAAACGCUUAAAAGCAGGAGCUUCUCUGGUCCAAAUUUAUUCAGCUGUGAACUUGGAAGGCACCCAAAUUGUAGGAAAAAUCACACAAGAGCUUGAAAAUGCUUUAAAGACAGAAGGCUAUCAAAGUAUCAAAGAAGUCAUUGGGAAAGCUUUUAAAUAA